AGUAUGACUGCGUUUGACUCAUUGAGUCAAUCGUGUCGUGGACUGUGGUCUUCAAUUUAAUGGAUACCGCGCAUUUGAGUUGUUUGUACUAGGCGCGGUUAUAAAAACGUUACCUACCACCUAUCCCUUUGUCUUACACGCGCAAAUGUUAUGUUCUAAAGCCAUCUUUUAUUGAUUUUGCAUUAAAAGUUUUUCAGUGUAUGAGCGUACAAAGUACAAUUCCAUUAUUGUGUAUUAAUUACGGCAGAUCGAAUACAAGGUGUCAUUGGACAAAAUCAGUCAUCCGUUUCGUGCAUGUGUCCUUAAGAGUCUCAACAUCAAUCUAACUAAUCGUGAUAGUGUCGUCCUGUGAUUGUACUUAUUGAAACAGUCUGUUGUAUUUUUCAAUAUUCAGUGUGCUGUUGGGUGAAAUUUCUAGAUUGUUCAGUGAAGUGGAGUGGAAAAAUCACCGCUUCUGGCCACGGUUGGCACCUAAAUCUUAUCACCGGAAGAACCAAUGUUAUUUUAAGAUCUAACGCCCCUUGAGGGAAACCAGCAAUGGUGGACUACUACAGGGUACUAGGCGUCACUCGAUCUGCCACGGAGGCAGAAAUAAAAAAAGCGUAUAGGAAAUUAGCUUUGAAAUGGCAUCCGGACAAGAACCCAGAUAAUGCAGACGAAGCCAAUAGGAGGUUUAAAGAAAUAUCAGAAGCAUACGAAGUACUUUCAGAUGAGAGCAAGCGGAAAAUGUAUGACGCACGGGGAUCCGGCCAUCACGGUCACAGAUAUCAGAGCAAGAAUGGAGUCAAUGGCCAUCGACACUUUAGCUUCAAAGGGUUUUUUGGAGACACGCCAUUCCAUCGUUUGUUUGAAAGGAAGCGACGAGUAUAUGAUCAAUACGGCAAGGAAGGGCUGAACAAUGGCCGCGGCCGGCGUUCUGGCGUCGACGAUGACUACGACUUCGGCUAUGGCAGUUUCCCGUUCACAUUCCGAGACCCCGAGGAGGUGUUUAGAGAAUUCUUUAGUGGAUCUUCAUUUGGCGAUUUGUUUGCUGAAAUCAACGGUCAUGGGCAUCAUCAUAGACAUGGACGUCGCAGUCAUCCCAGCACCUCGCUCACUUCGUCCCUUUUCAGUCCAUUUGGAUUCGGCAUGCAAGGACUGGACGACAUAUUUGCUCACGCUGCACCAAACGGCAACACUUUCACUUCAUUCUCGACGUUCAAUAGCUCACUGGCGGGACCUGGGAGCGCCAAUAUGAGGAGUACCACAACAACCACGCGCAUAGUCAACGGGAAAAAGAUUACCACCAAAAAGGUAACAGAGAACGGUCGCGAAACUGUGAUGUCUUACGAAAACGGGGUCCUCAAAUCUAAGACUGUCAAUGGUGUACCUCAAUCAUUAACUUACAGUUAAACACGAGUAACGUUCUACAAUAUAACCAAACUUUGAUCCAAAUGUCAACUCAGUAUAUGUGAGUUAAGUUCCAACUUUAAUACACUUAACGUAAUUUAAUUUUGCUUAAUUUAAAUAUUCAGUGUGAUGAAACAAAUUGUAAAUUGAUAGAGUGGAAAUAUGUUAAUCUUACUUAAUUUUAAUAAUAGUAGAAUUAUUGCUUCUUUUAUUAAAAUGGUAUAUUAGUGAGAUUUUACAGUAGAUUAAUCUGCUCAAUUGUAAAUCUCGCUCCGAAGACUUGUGUUCUAUUUAGGUAUCGCAGCACGCGCGCUUUUGAUCUCGAACUCUGCGAAUGAGUUGUGUGUGAAAAGUAAACAUUAACCUUUCCUAAUACGUGCUGCGUUAAUUAUGUUAUUUUGCUGCCAACUUUACUCUUUUUUUAGUAUAAUAGUUUUUACAUAGUCAUAAUUGUAAUCACGUUUUAAUUUAAUACUAGUAUGUUGGAACAACUAGAUUAUAAUAAAAAAUACUUUUAGGAAAAUUUACCGGUGAAAAUUUUACGUUGUUGGACUUCAUGAUGACAUUACAUUUUCAAAUUUACUGUAGUUAUGUUUUAAUUUAGCCAUUAUAUUCGUUGCGUUGAUUGUAAGCUUUAAUAAGUUGGCAAAUUAACUGCUACAUUAAAAGGUAAAUGCUAUUUUUUGUAUGUCAUCGAUGGCAUUUCUAACUUAUUGGCCUUAAAUUUUAAUGCAAUAACAGUCGAUAGUUAGUCCACAUACGCUUUACAUAGUUUAUAAUAAAAAAGGUUCACCAACAAUUCAGGGAAAAAAAAACUUGAAAAACGGUAUUUUUAGGCUGAUAAAAGCUCAUCUUUAAAUUUGGACGUCGUUGAUUGUGGCCAUGAAUUUUGCAAGAGUUCAUCCAAGGUCAUUCAAACUUUAAGUGGCGCCAUGGGCAAACCCAACGAAGAUUUCGUGUGGCUGGUUACGUGCCUGUGGAAAUGAAAUCAUUCCUCACUUUCCCUUCUGGCUCAUUUCGUACCAAAAGUUCAUAUAAUGAACAUUUUAUAUUUCCAGGUUAUGAAAUGAUCCAGUAGUAAAGAAAUAGUCCACAACAAUAUUGCUUUGUCAGAUUUCGUGAGAGAAAAGUAUUAGUCAAGUAUCAUAUUAUUAUUCUUGUAGUCCACGAUAUAAUGUGUAAUAAUGAAUAAAGUAGCAAGAAUAUUAAUUUAAAAUUGUAUAUUAUGUUUAUUAUACAAUAAAUAUAAAAAAAAUUGCGAAAAAAAUAUUACUAUUAAAAUAAUUAUACAGUUUGUCAAAAUUUUAUGAUCUGACUAAACUUUUGUCUCAAGCUAAUUUGAUGUUGAUUUUUUAUUUUUCGUGUUACAUACGUUUUGAAAUGUGAAGCAAUCUGAUACCGUAUGUACUUAAAUGUUUGUUUUGGAAAAGUUCAUCGAUAUGUUUGGCAAAUUUCAAGAAAAGUAUUUUAGUUCGUUGUAGACAUCUCAUUCAUAGUGCCAUUGCGUUAUACCUUGUGUUUAAAGCGAGAGCAUAGCACUUAUUUUGUAAAUAUCUGGUUUCCUAUGAGAUCUCGUUUCUUAUUAAAUUUUGUCAACUCCCGAGCACUGCAAGAAUGAAUAAAUGAAAAUUAAUUGUA